AUGUCUCUGCCUCAAGAAUCCGAUUUCCCCUUUAUCUUCUCCCUUUUAGCUCUCAACGACCGAGCAGAAGAUGUCGUCAACCACCCUUCGAACAAGCGGCUUGCGUGGACGAAUAAGGAUGGCACAACCCUACUCGGCAUCGAGUUUAACCCGAUAUUGACGCCUCUAAAGCGUCGGUCUACUAUUGCAAUACUCGGGCGGACAGGGAGUUCCGACAUCGUCAUCGAAGGGGACGAAUUCUCCAAGAUCCAUUGCUCGUUCGAAGUUCACCGGGAUACCAACAUAAUCAUGCUUCAUGACCGAUCGCAGGCCGAAAGCACAGACUUCUUCGGUGAGGAUAGCAUACCAAUUGACGAAAAUGACGAUCACAAAAUUCGCAAAGGUGGCGAGCGCAAAGUGGCCGUCCAUCCGACAUUGAACACGUCCCUGAUGAUAGGCAAUGUGGAGUAA